UAGAAGUACAAGCAUUUCGCCACACUCGCAAUAACAUCUGCAAACCAUGUUUAUGUGACCAAUAAAAUGUUGUUUGAUUUAUGGGUGAACCUGCAAUAAAGCAUUUCAUUGCACCUUGUACUCCAUGUACAGUAUAGUAUAUACUGUCUACAGUAUAUACAGUGUAUAUGACAAAUAAACAAACUUGUCUGGACAUACACACACACACACAUACACACUGGUAGUCUAUUGGAAGAGGGGUGAGACAGGCCACAGCACAGCCUACUAAAAUAAUAAAGUUGUCCCUCUAAUGCAUUGCUCUCAUGUCUGUCUGUCUCUUUGGUAACACAGUCAACAGUCAACCCCCCAAUGUCACUUUCAGCAAUAGGAUGUAAUCUUAGGAAACGGUGUGGUUUCACUACACCUUUGGCUUUCUCACUGAUCGUAUGUUACUUUCGUGAACAAUGACUACAGACAAAGAGGUGCUAUAUACUACUAGCUCUCUACGCCCACGUGUCUGUUUCACCUAGGAGCAGAGAAGAGGGGAACAGACUGACGUAACAUAGUCCCGGCAUCCUCCGCCGCCACAUCAUCCUCUUCUCAGCAGCAGAACGACCCUUCUCGGUGAAAGUGAACAGAAUAUACAGAGGACAGGCAGAGAGGAGACGGAAAAGAAACCAAAACGUGUAGAGUAACGAUUCUCACAUGCUUGCUUUUGGUCGUAGUUGAUAAGGACCGCGCGCUUGAACUAGAAAUAAGCUACAUUAUAUUUUAGCCGACGUUGUUGCUAUUUUAGCGUCUAUAAACUAUUCAUUGUUUAUGUCAAGAGUAACUAACACAUUGAGGUUUCAACAACUCUUGGAAAAUGCUACAAUCUCUAACUAGCAAUUCGUGUGUGCGGUUGAUACAAAGUCACAAAUCGACAUGGUAUUUUUUGCUUCUAGUCUUGGGAUAUAUUCUUUAUCUUAUAUUCGGAGCUGUUGUAUUUUCAUCGGUGGAACUGCCUUAUGAAGACCGGCUAAGACAGGAGUUACGAACCAUCAAAAAACUGUUCCUCCAGGACCACGAAUGUCUGUCGGAAGAACGCCUUGAGGAGUUUUUGGAGAAAGCGCUCGAGGCCAGUAACUAUGGAGUGUCCAUUCUCAAUAACUCAUCGGCAAAUUGGAACUGGGACUUCACCUCCUCGCUCUUUUUCGCCAGUACUGUAUUGUCUACCACAGGAUACGGUCACACCGCUCCGCUCUCCGACGGGGGAAAAGCUUUUUGUAUCGUCUACUCUGUGCUCGGCAUCCCCUUCACCCUCCUCUUCCUCACCGCCGUGGUCCAACGCGUCAUGAUCUUCAGCACACGCCGGCCCGUCAUGUAUGUGUCCACCCGCUGGGGCCUGUCCAAACCUUUGGUAGCCAUGGUCCACGCCACACUCCUUGCCAUCCUGGCUGCUUCCUGUUUCUUCCUCAUCCCGGCGGCCAUCUUCUCCUCCCUAGAGGAGAACUGGAACUUCCUGGAGAGUUUCUACUUCUGUUUUAUAUCUCUCAGUACCAUCGGACUGGGAGAUUACGUACCAGGAGAGUCCUUCAACCAGAGGUUCAGACAGAUCUAUAAAGUGGGCAUCACUGUCUACCUCCUCCUGGGCUUGGUUGUGAUGCUGGUGGUCCUGGAGACGUUCUGUGAGCUGCAGCAGCUGAAGACCCUGAGGAAGAUGUUCUAUCUGAAGAAGGAGAAACCACAGGACCGCCUGGCUAUACUGGAGCACGACCAUCUGGCCUUCACCGCCGUGUCCCACCGGAACAACUCCACCUCGCUCAGGGAGGACAACACCAAGAACCUGCCCUUCGUUAGUGUCCCCGAGCUGGCCUCGCCCGGUGGGGACGACCCCAUGAUCGGCUAGAAAGUGGGUGGGGAUAGUUAAAAUGUUGGGGUGAAACUAGGGAAGGCCAAGGAGAGUAGAAGUGUAGUGAGGGGGGAGGGAUGGUGAAACUAAGGUUGCAAUCCAAUUCUCUAUCCUUCUUCUGAAGUGUGCACUUGAUCACUGCAUUUGUCACUAUACCCUGAUGAAGACAGCUUGUCUGUCGAAACGUCGGUUAUUAGGAUAUUAAAUGAUUGCAUCUGAGCCCCUGGGUGUGCAGUUCUCCUUUUCUUUUUCAAGAGUUCUACUCUGCUAGCUAGAACCUCGCCUAAACAGGUGUUCUACUCUGCUAGCUAGAACCUCGCCUAAACAGGUGUUCUACUCUGCUAGCUAGAACCUCGCCUAAACAGGUGUUCUACUCCCCUAGCCAGCUCCUCGCCUAAACAGGUGUUCUACUCCGCUAGCCAGCACCUCGCCUAAACACGUGUGCGUUUCUUUCGCCUCUUGAUCACUGCCUACCAUCAAUUCUCUCCAGGUGAAACUCUCCCCAAUCGAUGCUUACACCAAUUCAAUGCUUGUCGAUAAGAAGGGUAGAGAAUCUGGAUGCAGCCUAUGAAGGAAGGGAAUGGUGAUACCGGGGUCUCAUAGAGUAGAAGGGUAUUUCAGAGAACUUCAGAACUUAAGCUUCAGCAAAAGGAUACAUUUUAAAAACAAAAGCUUGACUUCAAACAACUGUUAGUAAUAUUGAAUACGAUAGUAUUUUAGCCCUUUAUCGUCCACGGGAACUUAACUAUCCCUCUUAAUGACACACAACAUGUAGCCUUCAUAUGUCUAGUUGAUGUGUACGCUGGUUAACUUAACAGUAAGGGAAAUGUCUGCCUUACUAUUGGAGCUUCGUUCAUUGUCAGGAUCCUUGUUCAGAACAGCCUUGCUAUCUAUCUACUGUUCUUAUAUAGACUAUAUCCAUAUCUAUCAUGUGUUUAUGAACACGCUUAUAGUGAGUUAUGAUGCAGUUAUAAACACAUAGAUAUGGGCUUCGUAGAAAGUUGAUAGAAAGUCCUACUAACUUGACAAUAGCACAGUUGGGAACAUUUAAUUGGACAUCCACCUGGGAAAAUGGAAGCUAAUAUCACGUUAUACUGUUAGUCUGUACACAGUACUGGAUGUAGUUCUAAGGUAUAUUUUACAGGAGUGAACUGAAACGCAUGUAUUCAGGUUAACUGGAUCAGGUAUACAACCGUAGCACAUUUCAUCAUUGUGAAAUGCCCUGAAUAUGAAUUACAGUAAUGUAUGUUUAUUUGAUGCUAGUUUAAAGUACCAGUUGUGAUGUUAUGUUGAGGUGUUAAAUGUUUCUUGACUAGUGCUGUACUGUCUGUAUUUCUCAUGUUAUUUAGUCUGAAAGAAAUGGACUUACUGUGUGGCUUAUUGUCUGUUAAAGGGACAGUUAAAAAAGGAACACGAACAAAGCAGGUCUGAAUCAUGGUUCACUGCCAGAAGAAAUGAUGCUGUAUAGAACCAUGAAAGGUUCAGUGACUCAUCUCAUAAAGCACCUUAUUUUUAGCAGUGUGUUAUCAUCAAUCAUAUGACCACAGCAGGUUUCUGAACACCUUAUGUGGACCACUCAGAAAUGGGAAAUGACCGGGUUGAACAUUUUGGACCAAAAAUGAUUGGUUCUGGAAAGUACAAAAGUUAUGUCCUGAACUUCAGAUUUAAGUGAGAGGACAAAGAAGAACUGAAUUUAGAAGAAGUGGUGUUGUUAGAAGACUUGCAGUGUGUGUACAGAUAUAGGAUCUUAAUUUGACCAGUAUUGUCACAGCAAAAUAAUCCUGCAGGAACAGGAUUUUAACAUUUAGUCCAUAAUGUUGCUUGAUUAGUGGUUAGGCUGGCCAAAAGUAGGCUACAUGAAAAGUGCAAUACUGUUAAUAUAACUGUGUUAGUGCGGGUGUUUAGUGAAUGUAUGUAAAUCACAAAGCUCAUCUGCAACAAAGAGUGAUCAAAUUAAGAGCCUACAUCUGUAAUGCUUCAGGACUGCUCUGUGACAGAUACUGCAAAUCACUAUUUAAAAACAUGAUUAUAAACUAGCUUUGAACUAUUUUAGAAAGAGCUUCGUAUUUCUGGGGGAUGUUAAAAGGAUUGUUUACAAAUGUGUGUUUGUAAUUUAUGCAGAUGAUGAUUCUAAUAAAGGUACUCCGUGAGAGACUCAGAGGAACUUGA